AUAACCACCACUGACACCAGGACAACGCCCACACCUACAUUCAUCACCACCGCCAGCAGUGUUUCACCUGCUACAGCUGCCACCCCCCCUACAGUCACGAGCUCUGUGUCAACCUCUCCCACCAACCCUGAGACAGGCAUAAGCAGCACUGACACUGAUACCACACAGACACUCUCUGGCAGUGUCACAAUCAGAACUUCAGAGACUAUUUCAGCCAGCGCCUCUCCAGUCACCAAGUCAAGUACCGCCACAACGGCAGUGAGGACACCAUUCAAUACCAUCAUCACAUCUUCACCAUCCACAGCGGUGAUGUCUUCCUCUGUCUCCUCCAUGGAGAUAUCCUCAGUGCUCACGAAUACCACCUCUUCUAACUCAAUGAUACUCGCAAACCCUCUAGGAGCCAACGAAUCUUCCAGAAACUCUUAUUUGAACACCUCUAACACUUCCCAACUCGUUCCUUUUGAAAGUGCCCUCCGGUCUUCAUUUCAUCAAACCUCCAUCACACCCUUCACCGUCAUCUUUUCCACCACCCCGUGUCCCGAAUCUGUGUCUGUCACCAUUGUCCCUGCCUCCCCCACCGCCCCCUGCAUAGAAACAGGGACGAGUGGCCCUGUUACUUCAGCCCCAACCCUCCCCGUGUCAGUCCUCAUCUCUACUACUGCGCUGAUCACAUCUCCCUCGGCCACCAUCAUGACAGCUGCCCCUCCUGUACAUGGUAGCACUUCUGCCACUGAAACUGCUCCCACCCCAGUCAUAACGGGGGACCCCAGCACCCCCAGCUCAGGUUCUGACCCCUGGAGCACUGUGCCCACAAGCACAGCAAGACCUCCCAGUACCCUGUCGGCAGCCACCCCCAUCACACCUGCUUCCAGCACGGCCACAAGUCCCCCCAGUGCCACCACCCAGACUCCAGAGACUACCCCAACUCCGACUCCCACCACCACCAACAGUACCAGCAGGACCCCUUCAACCACGACUCGGAGGACCCUGCAGCCCAUCAAAUGCCAGAACGGGGGCAGCUGGGAUGGCACCAAGUGCAUGUGCCCUAACAACUUCUCCGGUGCCCGCUGUGAGCUGCCCAAGGAAGAGCUGGUGCUCGACAAAGUGCAGGCAGAAGUGGGCAUGGAGGUGUCUGUGGACCAGGACUUCUCCCUGGAGCUUAAUGACAACACGUCCAAGGUCUACAAGGACUUCAGCAACAGCUUCCAGGCGCAGAUGAAGCAGCUUUACAGAGACGUGCGUGGUUAUCAAGGCGUGCAGAUCCAGGCGCUGAGGCCUGGCAGCAUCAUAGUGGACUACCUGGUCCUCCUGGAGCUGCCCUACAGCCCUAACCUGGAGCAGGAGUUCGAGCAGGUGAAGACUGUCCUGACAGAGGAGCUCAGGAACUCCAGCCAGGCAGGCGACAGCUGUCAGGCCAACCAGACCCUGUGUUUUAAGCCGGACUCCGUCAAGGUGAACAACAACACGGGCACAGUGUCGCUGAGUCCACAAGCCAUCUGUCGCCGCGCGGCUGCUGAGGGCUACGAGGAUUUCUACUUCGCGAUGGUGGCGGGGAGCAGCCUGCGCUGUGUCAGCAACUGCACCGCGGGCCUGGACUUCUCGCUGGACUGCAACCAGGGCCAGUGCGUGCUGGAGAGGAGCGGGCCCGCGUGCCGCUGCUUCUAUUCGGACACCUACUGGUACUCGGGCCCGCGCUGCGAGGUGGCGGUGCCCUGGAAGGCGCUGAUCGGGGGCCUGGCGGGGGCCGGGGCGCUGCUGCUGCUGCUGCUGCUGGUGCUGGGUGUCUAUGCGGUCCGCGGGCGAAGGCACAGGCUCUGGGACGAGGACAAGCAGUGGCUGGAUGUCUGGAAUGAGGACGCCACCGAGGGGACUUUCACCAACUCAGGCCUCAAGGGCGAAGGAGCUUCCAACCAAGGAGACUUCCAAGUGGCCUUGGAUACCAUCGACCCCAACAUGCAGGUGCACAUCCAGAGACCAGAGGUGGCCUCCACCUGGAUGUGAGCCCUGCAGUGGCUCGUCGCCACCCCCUGCCCUGCCCUGCCCCGCCCCACCUGUGCCGGGUCCCCUCUCAAGACGGAAGAAGCCCUCCGCACCUGCAUUUCAACACAUGACCCAAGGACUCUGGCAGCUCCUGGUUUCCUGGACCAGCUCCCCGCCCCCCGCAUGCUCCCCAUCCUUCUCCCCCUGGCAUGUAACCCACCUGGAACUCAGCCCAAAUGUAGCCCCAGACCCAUCUCUGGGACUGUCCCCACCUGGUCUCCUGCAGCUGAGGAUGGCAUCCCUGUCCCGACCCCUCCUCCAGCUGUGAAAACCAGACAUGCCCACGCUGUACCCCGUCUACCGUGUAGCCUGUGCCCACCCAAUGCCUCCCAGCAGCCUCCUGGUCUUGGGCCUCGGUUGUCCCCAUUUCCCUGUGGGUCUCACCUUCCGCACCUGCACCUGCGGCAGCCCUCCUCUCUGUAUGUGACCCCACGCUGCCCCCUGCUCCCACUCCUUAUGUCACCCCCUUCCCUGAACCCUCUUCUUAGACCUCCCUCCCCUGCCCGCUUCACCCCAUCUCCCUGUUCUCCCCCCCCAUCCUGACCCCGUCUCUGUACCCACUCCUACACCCCUUCCUCCCUAUUUCUGCCCCUCACCAGGGUCACACACUCCUUCAUCUCAGGGUCCCUCCUUUCAGCCCCUGACCCCCAGGUCCCCCUCCUCAACACCAGCCCCCAUAUCCCCCCCAGCAUCCAGUCCCCAGGCCCAUUCUCAACACUCAGCACCCAGCCCCCUCCUCAGUACCCAGUACCCAGAUCCCUCCCUCAGCACCCAGCUCCCAGACUCCAACUCAGGCUAGGCCCCCAGACCCCUUCCAGCUGGUAUUCCCCAGGCCCUUCCAACUCCCAUCCUCUCCACCUCAUGUCCCCCAAGUGCCCUGGGUCCCCGUGGGUGGGGGUGGGCUGUGGGUUAGAGGUGGGUGGGCUGUGGGUCCCUAGGUGCCCAUGCUGAGGAGAACUGGGGAAACUCCCUCAGCACCCUUCCUCCCCUGAGUCUCCCUUCCCUCCCUUCUCAACCCCUCCCCACUCCCUUUCCCCUUCCUUCCUUCCCCAGACUGGGCCUCAGCACCCCUUCUCCCCUGGGGUGAUUCCUUGCCCUGAAUCCCUUCACCCUGUGGGGGUGUCAUUACGUGCAGCUCUGCUGUGUGAA